AUAAAACAUGACAGUAGCGUUCAGUCAGCUGUCAGACUCGCUUCUUGCGCGUUUUAUUUUCUGAUAAAACUAAUUCAACAUUUUCGUAAAAUAUUAUAUUCUUCGAAUUUUCAUGACGUAUGAUAAGGAACAUUUUUUCGCAUCGUCUAUCGAUUUUAUGCAGCUAGUUAUACGUUGAAAUUGCUAACAGCUAAAAAAGCAGAAUGUAUCAAGCCACUGUCCCUAUCAAUGGAGUACCAACAGAAGUUAUUAGUUAUGGUCGAUGGAUUGAAGAAGGUAUAUCCACCACUGGCAGACAGGAUGUUGUUAUUGUUAUCACAGGCAAUCCUGGAGUACCAAGCUUUUACAAAGAAUUUGCUGCUCAAAUUCAAAAGAGUCUACCCACUGAGGUCCCAGUUUGGAUCAUUGGACAUACUGGUCACACUAAACCACCUUCACAUUUACCUAAUUCUCUCCCCGAUCCAAAAACUUCUAGACAUUUAUAUGACUUGGAUGGCAACAUAAAGCACAAGCAAGAAUUCAUUAAAAAGUAUGUACCGGCCAAUGCAAGGAUACAUUUAGUUGCGCAUUCAAUUGGUAGCUGGUUUGUUUUAAACUUACUAAAAGAUAAGGAGAUUUCAGAAAAAGUAGUAAAAUGUUACUUAUUGUUUCCUACUAUUGAACGAAUGGCAGAAAGUCCUAUGGGUAAAAUUGUUAUUAAUAUUACUCUCAGAAUAGCCAAACUUUUAAUGUUUCUUGCUUGGAUUUUUACUCUUUUUCCUCAUAUUUUCCAAAUAUUUUUGGUCAGAAUUUUUGGAAUAUUUUAUGGCAUACCAUCAAAUUGUGUUAGUCCAAUUGUUCAAAUGAUACAUCCAUUUUCACUGCAUCAAAUAUUCUCUUUAGCAAAGCAAGAAAUGAUUCAUGUAAAAGAAUUAGACAAUGAUGUUAUAACACAACAUAAAAAAAAAUUAUAUCUAUAUUAUGGAAGUAAGGACGGAUGGACACCUAUUCGUUAUUACGAUGACUUGAAAGCUAGGCAUCCAGAUAUUGAUGCUCAUUUAUGCAAACGAGGAUUUCAGCAUUCUUUUGUACUUUCAGACUCAAUAGAAAUGGGUAAAAUGGUGGGAGAUCUUAUAAAUGAAUCAAUAUCCUCAGGAUCAAAUUAAUAAUUAGUUCUUAAUUUAACUCUUUUGCAUUUAUGAAUAAGCACCAAUAUUCUCAUGUUGAUAUUCCUAUUAUUGACAAAUUUAUAAGCUUUAUAGAGUUAUGAAUGAUAAUGGAUUUGGGAACAGAUAAUUUAACAAAAUAGCUAGUAAAGAACUGUUGUAAAAGUUAUGCUUUCUUCUAAUUUUUUAAUUUAAUU